AUGCAAGGGGUUCCAGGAUCUUGUAGGUUUUUUGAGUGGCAGCGAGAGUACCUGGCCAUAUUGGUGGACCAGGGGAAGAUUGUGAUGAAUCUAGAACAACAUGGCGUAGUAGAGGAAGAAGCUGAUUCAAGGGCACUGGUGCGUGUGCAGAAGAACUCAAUGGAGGUGAAGCUGGAUGCUUUGGUUGGCGCAGUGAAGGCUUUGAGCUUGGUCAUGGGUGCUGGUGUAAUGGUUGGAGCUAUGUAUGUGAUGUAG